AGCGCGUCCCACGCUCCGACGCUGCAGCCGCACCAGGACCCGGACCUGCUGUUCCAGGUGGUGCGCGAGUCAGCCAAGAAGCUCUCGCGUCCGACGCAGGCUGACAAGCCUGAGGAGGAGGAGGAGGCCGAGCCCCUGCCCUCUGCCAUUCAGGAGCUGGGCGGCCUCGACUUCAGCGGCCACAUGCUCUACGGCUUCGCGGAGCUGAAGCGCCGCUGCGGCAAGCACAGGGCCGCGCUCGUGAGCGCAAUGCUGGACAAGCUUGUGGAGUACACCCACCUCCGCCAGCGCCUCGGCGAAGCAGCUUUGGAGGUGUCGUUCCUGGAGAGGGUGCUUCGGAUCCAGGCGCCCUCGUUCGGCGCCAAGCCAGAGAGCGUGCGUCCGGACCCCUUGCUGGCCGCCUCGGAGGCGCCGAGGAACUCCUGGGUCGACCCCUCUGGUCCCGCCUUUGCCGCCGGUACGCUGUGGGGCGAAUUGGGCUGUUUGGAGCUGGGCACGGCCCGCAGCUUGGCGCUGCAGUGCUCGCCGCCGCUGGGCCACGAGCUGUGCCUUCUGUGCCAGCAGGAGCUCGCCUACAGGUCCUUGGCCCUCUGCUGCGUGCAGUACAACGCUUUGCUGUUGGACCCCCAGCUGCGCCAGCAGGGCGUCAGCGAUGUGGCCAGCCAUGGGGUUCCUGGAGCGGUGUUCGCCAGCGACCCUGGGAUGGCGAUCUUGUGGAAGCUUCGGGAGACGUCUGAGCUGUCCGGGCCGCAGAAGGCGGAGCGUCUGAUGGCGCCGCAGCAGAGCCCGCCGCCGCCGCAGGCGUACACGGAUAUGUCCCGACACAGGCAGAUGUUCCAGACGCCCGCGGCCCUGCUGGCUCCGGCGCUGGCCGCCCUGCGGGAACUGUUCUUCGAGUGCACCGGCGUGGACGUGGAGAGCAGCGCGGACGAGCCGCAACUUCAGGAGAAUGGCACGAUGAGGUCCCUGUGGUUCCAGCUGCUUGGCUGCGGCUGCUCCUUCGCGCUGCGCGCAUCCUGCGAUCUGGCGGUGCGCAUCCAGGCGGUCUACGCCGCGUCCUCGGUGCGGUCCCUCGCCUCGUUGGUCCCAGCGUCUGCGGCGCUGUUCGAGUGCGCGCCGGCGGGGGCGCAGCAGCACCUCCAGAUGCCCUUCGUGCAGCGCGACGGGCUCGCGGGCGGUGCCUUUGUGGUGCCCUCCGACUUCGACCUCCUGCAGCUGCGGGGGGCGCGCCAGGUGGACGUCCUGCCCGAGAUGCGGGCGGCCCUGCUGAGGAGGGAUGCGAGCCUCUUCGACAUCGGGCGGUCGCUGGAGACGCCGUCGGGCGCUGCCGCGGGCGCGGCGGGGGCUCCCUGGAGCCCGUCGAGCUCGCCCAGGAGCCCGCCGGGCGCUCCGAGGAGCCCCGGGAACCCGCGGAGCGCCCUGGGCGCUCAGGAGGGCCGCGGGGGCGGCGGGCGCAGCCCCGGCAGCAGCAAGGAGCGCCGCAGGACGGCCAUCUCCGUGGGGCCCGCGUCCGGCGGCUCCGGCGACGCGCCCCCCGACGCCCUGGUCGGCGAGGAGCCACACCUCCGCAUGGCCUUCGACUCCCCCGCCCUGGCCGCGCUCGGGACGCUCUCGGAGCUGGCCGCGCUGGUGUCCCUGCGCUACGCCCUCGCCGCGGUGAGCGGCGCGCCUGUGACCCUGCUGUGGCUGCAGCGCAGCGCGCGCUUCCGGGCGGCGGGCGUGGGCCUGCCGGAGGAGGCCGUGGGCCGCACGGACCACACCGCGGAGGCGCUCGCGGAGAUGUGCGCCGAGCUGGCGCGCGCGGGCUCGCGGCUGGGGCGCCUCGGCGAGGGCGCCCGCGAGGCCGGCACGGCGGAGGUGCUGCGCAGCGAGGUCCGGGCGGCCCACGCGCCUGGCGCCCUCGCCGCCGCCGCCGCGGCCGCCGCCGGCGCGCGCUGGGGAGCUCCUGCUGCGAGGCUGGGGCUGCCAGGUGGUCGGGUCCCUGGAGGAGCACGAGCCAGAGCUCACCACGCUACACAGAGACAUGGGCCGCUACGUGCAGGAGAAGAACACCACCCGCGGGCCGCCGGCGGGCACCCCCUGCUCGACCGCUUCGUGCACCUGCUGCUGGGGCCCGCCGCCUCGCUGGCGCCGUGCGCCGCGCCGGGCGAGGCCUCCCCCUACGGCGCCCGGCUGCUCUGGAGG